AUCAUCGCUUGUACGUCGUGUUCGGAAUUCGGCCACAUUAUAUUGCUAUCCUAAACUUCAAUUGCUUUCACGUUUUCAUUUCUGGGUUUCGUCGAUCUUUGUUUUUGUUUCUUCAGUUAUUUCUGGGGUUUUCUUCACCCAUCCAGCAACUAUCAGGUUGAUUGGAUACAGGCCGGCAGUGAGAUAUGUCACGCAAUUCAGAAUGUUGGCUGCUUUCACUGGCAAUCUUACUAGUAUUGGCAACAUCAUCAUCUCCAACUUCACAAGCUACCACUUUAAGAAAUAAGAAUGGGGUGAAAACAUCUACCUUCCUAUCACCCAAGGUUGAAGUAGAACCUGGAAUGGCAUCAAUCGAAUACUAUUACAAAAUCCCCUUCCCAAAAGGCCAUAUUGCUAUCAAAGGAUUUGACGCAGAAGUGGUUGAUGAAGCAGGGAACUCAGUCCCUCUACACGAGGCAUAUCUCCACCAUUGGACCGUUGUAAGGUCCUAUUUGCGUCAAGGUGUCGAAACAUCAAGUUUGGGGUCUAACCAAUCGGAUUAUAUGGUCGUGGGGAACUCCGGAGUUUGUGAAACUCUUCCACAAUAUUUCGGGCUCGGAGCAGAGUCGAGAAAAACAGACAGUCACAUUCCAAAUCCAUAUGGAAUAGAAGUUGGGAACCCGACAGAUGUCCCCGAAGGUUACGAGGAGGGAUGGACACUUACCGUGCAUAUAAUUGAUACGCGGGGCGUUGAAGAUAGGAUGGGAUGUAUUGAGUGUAGGUGUGACCUUUAUAAUGUCACAAUGGAUGAGCAAAAGUUAUAUAAAGAACGAGGCUAUAUUGGAGGCGUGCUUUGUUGCUUGGACAAGAUGAGAUGCAAGUUAAAAGAAGGAUAUAAUAAUGGUACCAAAAGAAGUCUCUACCUAAAGUACACUGUGAAAUAUGUUGAGUGGGAUUCCUCCAUUGUGCCUGUCAAAAUUUAUAUACUUGACUCUACUGAUCCUUGGAAAAUGUCUGAGGAUUCCAAAGGGUUAAUGGAAUUGCACCUGUGCCAGAUUGAAUAUUAUGUGGAGUCAUGUUCCGCUGCUGUGGCAAAUGAUAAAUGUGUUCAUACCCAAAGUGCCAGUGUAAUUUUGCCAAGUGGAGGGGAUGUCAUCUAUGCUGUUGCCCACCAGCACGCAGGAGGGAUUGGUUCAACUCUUUAUGGACAGGAUGGACGGACAAUAUGCUCAUCCCUUCCGAUUUACGGAAAGGGACAGGAGGCUGGAAACGAAACGGGAUACAUUGUAGAAAUGACAACUUGUUAUCCUCGGCCUGGUUUUGUCAAGAUUGUUGAGGGAGAGAUGAUAACCAUUGUGUCUAAUUAUAGCAAUAGUCAGAGCCACACCGGAGUCAUGGGGUUUUUUUAUCUUGCUGUUGCUGCUGAACCUUUGAAGAAACCCAAUUCUAUCAUGCAUGCUAACACUAGGUGAUGCCAUGAUCUCAACAAAUGGCCUUUGGGCUUUAUUAGCACCGUGUGGAACUGCAAAUUGGAACAAUGGCUACCAACCUAUAGUAGUUUGAGGCGGCCGUUUCAUGUUCUGGUUUACAUGUUUGGUGUGUAAUAUUACUACUUUUUUGCAUCGUCCUUGGUAUGUUUGGUUUGUAAUAUUACCACUUUUUUUGUAAUUCGCAUAUCAUUUUAAGUCAGAUUUAUGUUUGGUUUGUGCAUUUAUAUGUGCAUCAGGUCAGGUCAUGUGCAAUGCAUUAUUUAUUCAUAAUAAUACUGACGCUUGAACUCA